AGUGGAGCGCGGGAGACCAGUGGGCAGUGGAACCCCUAGCAUCCUUUGGGGAGGCCAUGGAUGGCCUGGGCGAGCCUCGGUGGCCUCCGGGCCUGGAAGUUAUGAAGACAGUAGAUGAUUUGCUGCGGUGUGGAAUUUGCUUUGAAUAUUUCAACAUUGCAAUGAUGAUUCCUCAGUGUUCACAUAACUACUGUUCUCUCUGUAUAAGAAAAUUUUUGUCCUAUAAAACACAGUGUCCAACUUGUUGUGUGACAGUCACAGAGCCAGACCUGAAAAAUAACCGCGCAUUGGAUGAACUGGUAAAAAGCUUGAAUUUUGCACGGAAUCAUUUGUUGCAGUUUGCCUUAGAGUCACCACCCAUUUCUCCUGCUUCCUCUUCAAAGAAUCUUGCUGCCAAAGCCCACACUCCUGUAGCCUUCAAACAGUCUGUAAAGCAAGGAAGCAGGUUAAUGGAGAAUUUCUUGAUCAGAGAAACUAGUGGUUCUACAUCAGAGUUGUUGAUAAAUGAGAAUGAAAACAAAUUCAGUCUUUUGAGCAGUUCUGCAAAGACCAAAGAGACACCUUCUUUAGAAAGGACAGCUUCAAGCAUCGCGGGUGCUAAUGUUCCUGAGGCACCCUCUACAUCAACUUUGAAACAAGUUACUAAAGUGGAAUGUCCUGUUUGCGGGGUUAGUAUUCUAGAAGAUCACAUCAAUAAGCACUUGGACAGCUGUUUAUCCCGUGAAGAGAAGAAGGAGAGCCUCAGAAGUUCUGUUCACAAAAGGAAGCCGCUGCCCAAAACUGUAUAUAGUUUGCUAUCAGAUCGUGAUUUAAAGAAAAAGCUAAAACAGCAUGGAUUAUCUAUUCAAGGAAAUAAACAACAGCUCAUUAAAAGGCACCAAGAAUUUGUUCACAUGUAUAAUGCCCAGUGUGAUGCUUUGCAUCCUAAAUCAGCUGCUGAAAUAGUUCAAGAACUUGAAAAUAUGGAGAAGACUAGGAUGCGUCUUGAAGCUAGUAAACUCAAUGAAAGAGUAAUGGUUUUUACGAAGGACCAAACAGAAAAGGAAAUAGACGAAAUCCACAGUAAAUACCGUAAAAAACAUCAGAAUGAAUUUCAGCUUCUGGUGGAUCAGGCUAAAAAAGGAUAUAAGAAAACUGUUGAAAUGUCAAAAAAGGAUACAAGAAAACUGUUGAAAUGUCAAAAAGAAGAUGAAUCUACAAAAAUGCUAUUCCCUGUAUGCCUGGAACAGGAAGAUAAUAAAAUGAAAUUACCAGAUAUGCCCACAGUAAUAAACCACUUCCCUCAGCCAAAGCUGGACUCCCUAGGGAUAUGUGAGCCCGAUGGACCUGAUGAUUCUUCUAGCUGUACUGAUAUUCAAGAGGACGCUCUUUCUUCAUCCGAAUCAGAUACAUUCAAUAGUUCCAGUUCGGACAUCAUAAGAGAUAUUCUCGAAGAGGAGGAAGCCUGGGAAGCAUCACAUAAAAAUGAUCUUCAAGACGCAGAAACAAGUCCAACACAGAAUCGUCGGACAAGACCAGAAAGUGCAGAGAUGGAGCCGAGAAAUAAGCGGAAUAGGAACUAGCGUGGCUUUGGCGACUUUCCCAGGCCCACUUCAGAAAGGAUUCUUCAACCUUUUCCUACAGGAGCAGUCGAGGAGUUAAGGCCUCUAUUUCUAGAAAGGCAGGAUGUCAUAACUCACAUCCUUGGUGUCAGCAUCCUCGGUGUGCAUGUGUGUGUGUGUGUGUGUGUGUGUGUGUGUGUGUGUACACGUGCGCGUGUUAGUCUGAAUGCCAUCAUGCCCGUUAUAGCAGUUAGUGAUGUUUGUUGCCUGAGUUUAAGGUAGUCAGUUGUUAGACCCAUGUCUUACACGUUAUUCAGAUGUUGGUCACAAACAAUAAAUUAAAAACAUUGGGCACAGUCUUCAGAAAUGGCAAUGACAAAUGGUUAUUGUUAGUCUUUCUUUUCACUUGGGUAAAUGGAAUUUUUAACACUUUGAAUCCUAGCCAUUAAAAAGAAUGCUGCAAUAAAUGGAUUUUGUAAAUGA